CGGUCAAUAUCUUAUAAAUAACUACUCUCUCUUCUCUACAGAGAAAAAAUCUCUCUCUGCUUUUUUGUGUUGUUGUAAGCUUUUUCCUUCAAUCAAAAGUUUUUGUGGGUUUUGUGGCCAAGAGGGUUUGAUUUAGUUUAGUAGGCAGUGAAAUGGAGAUGGAGAGAGAUUUCAUGGGAUUGAGCUCAAAAGAUUCAAUUUUUAUGGCGAAGGAGGAAGUUGCCAAUGAUGGGUCCAAAGACUCAGGUUAUUUCAAGGGUUUAGGUGCUCAAUGGCCUUUUUCAAACAAGGUUUCUGCUCUGCCUCAUUUGAUGUCUUUUAAGGUUGGUCAAGAUGAUAAGGUUAGAAAAACUAUGGCAGACUCCAUGUCUUCUGGAUUUGGUACUCUCCCAACAACAAUAGAUGCAUUUGACCAAAACCAGAGAAGAACUAUGCUUGAAUUUCAGAAAUCUUUCAAUCAAGAUAGGCAAGGAGGCUCUCCUCAAUUUCCCUUCACAACAUACCCUUUGCAACAUGAUAUGUAUUCUAUGCACCGUUCUCAUGAUGUGAAGAUGUUUUCGGUUCCAAACCAAGCAACUUCAGUUUCUUUAGGAAAUCCUUACUUAAAGGAUCAUUUCGCUGUUGCUGCUACUGCUGCUAAUGUCAAGCAACCGUUGCUGGGAGGAAUCCCCGUGGCGACGGCUCAGCAUUACAUUCUCCCAACUACAUGUUCAAUAGCUGGUAUCACUGAACAACCAUGGAAUAAUGUUAAGGCUGCUGUUGGGUCUUCUGCUCAAUUGACAAUAUUUUAUGGGGGUUCAGUUAAUGUCUAUGAAGAUAUCUCCCCUGAGAAGGCACAGGCAAUUAUGUUCUUAGCUGGGAGUAGUUCGUGUUUGUCUUCUAAUGCUUCGAAUCUGAAAGCUCAAAUUGUGUCACCAAGCUCAAAGUUGGGAGCUUUUGAUGGUCUCCCUCUCCCAAUGAAUCAACCGAAUAUGAAUACACCGAACGCUGCGCUUUCAAGGUCGUUGUCGGUCUCUUCUCAUACAGGUAUCCCAUCAGGGAGUGGUUCAUCAAGUAAUGAUGAAUUGAUGUCUGUUAAAGCAGUUGUGAGCAAAGUAGACCCUCCUAAGAUAAUGAAUGCAACUAGAUCAGUUGGUGCAACUGCUAUUAUGCCUUCUGGUAUGCUUUUUAUGUUCAAAUUGGGAUUUUCUAUGUUUGAUCUAUACAAGUAUUACACUAAGAAAAUAUCAUUCUUAUGCAGCCAUUCCACAAGCUCGCAAAGCAUCUUUGGCUCGGUUUUUGGAAAAGCGCAAGGAAAGGAUGAUGAAUGCAAUUCCAUACAACUUCUGCAAGAACUCUUCUGAAUGCACUGCAACCGAAUCCAAUGGUGCGAAUUUUUCGACGAGUACGGCUAUAGAGUCUUUUCAUUAGCAAGGGAAAUUAGCUGUGACCUAUGAUGCAAUAUUAUUAGAAAAGAAACCAUAAGUUGAUGCAAAUUUUAUGUAGCAUGUGAAAAUAUGUAAACAAGUGGUUUUUAUUAUUAUUAUUUUUGGUCAAAAAAACUGUUUUAUCUUUGACAAUUUUAGAUGUUAAAGUACUUUAACAUUCAUAUAUGUAACUGGUUUGUAAUUUUCCCACCUAUGUUUUUAGUAGGGAUUAUUGCUUUCCUUCUCUAUAACAUUAUUGGUUACUCCCUAUGUAUAACCAAUAUUUGUAUCCUUUUUUGUUUUGUAAUAUGGAAAUAAUUACCAUAAAAAAAUAUUGUUAUGUGCUAUAUUAAGAAACCCUUUUUGCAUUUUUCUCUUGUUCAAAGGAAACUUUUGAUAAGUCAAAUGAAUCCCCUUUUAGAUUCCAAUAAGUGAAGAAGAGAAUGUAUAAGUACACUAUAUUUUCUUUCUUAUUGAGAUCUAAAUUUGGUUACUUUCCCAAGUUAAUGAAACAAAAGUUUGUUAUUUUCAUUUUUCAUAUCUAAUUUGGGAUGUUGGGGUCAAACUUUAAAGAGUUUAUUACUAAACAAAGACACCCAAAAUUAGAAUUAACUAGUGUGUUGUGUUUUGUUUAAUAAAUGAAAUUGAUUAUUUUAAGUGGUUUUA